AUGGCCGCGGAGGAGCUCGGGGAGGCCGGCCAGGGCGGCGUAAACCCCGCGGAGCCCCCCGAGGUCUUUUGCUACGGGCCGGAGGAGCUGGUGCUGCGCGGGGCGGAGUGGCCGAGGAGCGGCGCGGGACCGGCCGGCAGCCCCCCCUGGUCGCGCUUCGACAGGGCACUGCUGGAGGGCUGGGAGGAGCGGCUGCGGCGGGGCCUCUUCCGCUACCGCCUGGGCCGGCUGCAGACGCGAGUCCUGCCGGGACGGCUGGCGCUGGUGGCCCAGCUGAACGUGCAGCGGGCGGCCGAGAGGCGGCGGCCCCAGGAGGUCCGCAGUGUCCGGCAGAGCUUCGAUCCCCGGCAGUUCAACUUCGGCCAGAUCCGGCGGGAGGAGAUCCUCUUCUGCCUGCGCCGGCGCUGCCCCGGCCUGGCCAGCUCGCCCCGGACCCUGGUGGCCAUCAACGUCAGCCCGCUGGAGCGGGGACACGUGCUUCUCAUCCCGGACCCUGCGCUCGCCCUGCCGCAGGUCCUCACCCCGGAGGCUCUGCUGGCGGGGCUGGACGCCGUGCUCCUCAGUGCCCACCCCGGCUUCCGCCUAGGCUUCAACAGCCUGGGCGCUUUCGCCUCCGUCAACCACCUGCACCUGCACGGCUUCUACUUGGACUGGGAGCUCUCGGUGGAAUCCGCCCCCGGCGAGCCCCUCCUGCCCGAAGCGGGCCUCUACCUGCUGCGGGAAGCCCCGGCGCCCGCUUUCUUCUUCUACUGCGAAGAUGUGCGGCAGGUGGAGCCGCUGGCCCAUCGGAUCGGCCGGGCCACCCGCCAUCUGAGCCAGCGAGAGAUUGCUCACAACUUGUUCGCCACCCGCGGGGCUGCCCCCGCGGGCCCCCUCGGCUCCAGAGCUCGAUCUGGCCUUCGGGUCCUUCUUUGGGCGCGCAAAGCCUGCUUCGGUACCAAAGAAGAAUUGGCCUUCAAUGUGGCCGUUUGUGAACUGGCAGGACACCUGCCCACCAAAACCGUCCAGGAAUACGAAGGCCUCACUGAGGCCUCAGCACUUCACAGGAUUCAGCAAUGUCUCCUGCCAGACAGCCAGUUAGCCCACCUCCAGCAAGAGCUUGUGGACCUCCUCCGAGAGUUGCCUCCCUCCCCUCCAUGGCCUUCCCUUCCCCAGGGGAGGCUGCUCUAGAGGAAGCCAGGCUGAGGGAAGUUGGGGGACUCAGGGAGGCAUUUCUGCCUUAUGAGUCUUUCUGGGACACCCAACUCCCCUUCUCAAAUUUGAUUUUGCAUGCAUGAAAUUUGGGCUGAAUUUACAAUUUUGAGAUAAGCCCAGUUAAGCCAGAUGAGCCCAGCAAUUUAUGAGGCAUGGACAGUGUUCUUUACAGACUAAGAAGAUGUAUAAACUAAAGAGUAAGACUGAGGAGCACAAGGCUUAAUAACUGGUAAGGAAAAUAAAAUAUCUCUGGGAAAGUGGCUUGUUUGUUUGUUUAUGGGGGUAUUUAAAG